UGAAUUUUUUUUGUAGUUGUCAAAAACUAAAAUUAUUCGUCCCUUUUUUUCUUCUUGUUUACAAGAAUAUUUUUUAAUUAAUUUGUUUCAAAUAUUUGGGCUCAAAUAUUAAAAAAUUCUGCAAAAUUGUACAAAAAAUUAACACAUAACAUUUUUUGUUUCUACCUCAAAGGAAGAACAAAGCCAAAAACCCAACAAGCCUCGCCACAAAUACAAGCGACAAAUCUGCCAACUUCAACAUUUUUUUUUCAACACGGGAGUACAGCACCUUGCCUCAAAAUUGGUACCGAUAUAGAUUUUUUGUUUGAAGAAAUGGAAGAAAAGAGGCGCAAUCUUGAACUGGACAAAAUCUGUCGGGUUUGUUUGAGCCAAAAAAAGGACAUGCGACCUAUAUUUGGCGAAAUGAUUGCCGAUAUGUUGAUGGAAUGUGCCCGCGUCAAGAUUGAAAAUACCGACGGAUGGCCAGAUAAGAUAUGUGUCCAAUGUGUGCAUUCCGUUUCUCGGUGUCAUGCAUUUAAGACGCUCGUCGAACGAUCAGAUCGAGAAUUACGCGAGUACAUCAAAGGUCUGACAGUCAUUUUUGAGGAGCCAGUUGUUGAAAUAAAAACACAACCAGCAUCACCAGCACCAACUAUACUGCAACCGAGAAAGCAACAGACACAAAAAGAAUCUAAUAAAACAGCUACUACAACUGGUAUAUCUAACCAGGGCCAAGCAAUACAGCAGCGCCAAGUCCAAACGGCGGCUUUGCCUCAACAAAUUGUCCUCUCGAACGGGCAAGUAAUUAGCACAGCACAGAUAGUUGCCCAUCCGGGAACCCAAAUGGCUCAGAUUCUGAACACAGGGCCAUUUGGACAGCUGAUACAAACUGGAAACACGGUUCAGAUGAUUCAGCAGAACGGCCAACCAGCCCAGGUGGUGCAGUUCCAACAAGCCGACUCGGAUGACGUUGAUGGUCAGUGCGAGAUCAUCGUUCGUGAUGAAAUGUCAGAGGACGCCGAGUACUUUGAAGAUGUUACCGAAGUAACGACACAUGAUGAUAUUGAAACCACUGAGGACAUAAUUGAAAUACAAGACGAGGAGGAGAUGAUUGAAGAGGAAGCUGAAGAUUGCAUGAUACCAGAUGCGAAUAUUGCUUAUGCUGUGGAAAUGUCGGAGGAUUCGGAUAGCGAUGAGAAGAUUUAUCUAGCAGAGUUCAUAAGCUCACAGACCAGUUGUCCUUCACCAGGGAGAUACAUCUGUAAUUUGUGUCGGAAAGAGUUCCGCCAAAUCAAGUGGCUCCAGAGUCACAUGAAGUCUCAUUCAAAUUGGAUAAAGGCAAAUUGUAAAAAGCAACCACAAUGUGAGAUUUGCCACCGUAGCUUUAAAGGUCCUGGAAUGCUUCGAAUGCACAUGAAGACGCAUGAGACUGCGGAAAAAGUGCCGACCUGCAGUAUCUGCAAUAAAGAGUUUAAAUCAAAAACUAUUUUAUAUCGGCAUAGGCAAACGCAUCAAUUGAAAUCGUAUGCUUGUGGGAAUUGCACUAAAGCUUUCUCUUCGCCGCUUACCCUAAAUUCCCAUAUGACAAAGAAGCAUCCUAACAAGCCUAAUCAAUAUAAAUGUGCCGAGUGUUACGAGUUAUUUUCGGGCAUAGAUGAUCUAAAGGUUCAUAUACAACUGACAGGACACAGCGUUAAAAAUGAUAAAAAAGAUGACGAGUUUUCCUCAUAAUCAUCGCCACUUUACUAACUUUUCAAUAAAGUUAUUGGUUUUAUAAAUAAUAUGAAAAAUAAGCAUAUUUUUUACAUAACUAAGAUAGAGUCUAUCCGUAAACAACAUACACGCACGGUUAUAGAAGUGCAAACAUCUGUUACACACAAUAUUAAACUGAAGUACUUUAUUUAAAUGUAUAUAGAAAUACUUCUUAAAUGCAGAGCAUUUUCUUUUAUCUUUUUAGUUCAUUUAAAAUAAUCACAACCAUUAAACGAAAUUCUAGCUGUAAAAUCUAACAAUGAAAACAUUUUAAUAAUUGUACGUUUUUCAAUCUGUUUUGGUGUUAAUUUUACUUGUUUUGAUUUUUAUACAUAAACAACAAUAAGAAAGAAUAAAAAAAACUUUGCGUUAAUCAAA